AUGGCCAUGGAGUCUAACGGCCUUAUUUUCGACGAGGCCCAAUAUCGCCAGGAUGUACUCCACCUCUCUUCAUUAGAAGCCGAACAAGCGCGGGCGCAACAGCUGGCUGACCAAGCCCGGCAACUGGGCGUGAAGAUCCCAGAAAUGGAAGCAACAGCGCCGUUGUCUGCCUCGAUCGCAUCAGGUUUACUGGAGCUUUCGUCGCCGGUUCUCUCGUCGGGCUCGUCAACCGAUCGCAUCUCUGUCUACGAUGGCUCUGCCACCCCGUCGCAUGAUUCCGGUUCUCCGUCAACCUCGGCGCUGGAUCAGGUUGUUUCGUCGCUGUCGGAGAUCACAAUCGCUUCCGAUCAUUUCAAGCCUGGCAGUACGCGCUCGCUGGCGUCGCUGUCUACCCGGCCUACCUCUCUCUGCUCGAGUGAAGGGAGAAUGGGACUCGCUGGGCAUAGAUACCUUGAUUCUGCCGAGGGGAAAUCGCAUCGUCAUUCGAUGCUGAGUGUCGCAUCUGCGGACAAGAAAGAGAGACGGCGCAGUAGUAUAAAAUCUGCCAUUGGCCGGAUUCAUUUUCGCAAGAAGCGCACUUCCCCGCCCCUCGUCAUGUCUCCUGACUCGCGAAUCGCCGUCCCCACGAAUGAUAAAGGCGUGGAACGGGUCUACACCGAGCCUACGCUUGACUCUAAUACUCCCGACGAUGGAGAUAUUCCUCCGGCCAUCCCUCGUCCUCCCAAGCGAACCACCGAAGCCCCUCUUCCCAAGCUGAGGAUUCCUUUGUUCAACAAAGAAGCAUUACAGCGAAGCGCGGAUGAUCCCGAGCUAAGUGAAUUGCACAAGAAGCAUGAGAUCGAAAAGAAUCGUCACCUAGCUUUCCAAGAGACCGCUCUGAACAGCCUCCGGCGCCGGCACCAAGAUGCUGUAUCUGAAAAGCGGUCCGAGAACGAGCGCACGGAGGAAGAGAAGCGUGAAAAGAACAUCGACGAUAUCGUUCGACUGGAAGAACGGCAACUUGCAGUUGAAAUCGAACAGCAACGAGAGUUCGACCGUGCCAAGAUGAACUCGGCCACUCGCAUCAAACACAUGGAGGGCUAUUUCCGCAACGCUAGUCCACCACCCUCCCCCUCCAUCACAGCAACAACGACUGGACGGUCAUCAGGGUCAUUCUCAGACUCUGCUUCGACCCCGCCAGCCCGCCAAUUCACUCGGCAACACAUGGAACAGCUUGAACAGCAAUACCACGAUCAUGAGUCCAUGGACCAGCUCCACGAUGCCCGCAUCAAAGUCCUCCGAGACCGCCAAGAAGUCAAGCUCCAAGAAACCACGGCGCGCCUAGAAAAGGACCUGAAUACGAUGUGCAAGCAACACAAGCAGAAUAUCACUACCCUCCAGCAGGCGCAACAAACCGAAGAAGCAUCCCUCAACCGGAUCAUGGACUCCAAGAAGACCUCUCUAUGUGACCGCUGGCAGCUGGAAGAAGCUAUCCUCCGCCGGACCCUUGAAUUGCGAAAUGGACAAUUAUACGGCCCCCUACCACGAAUCUCAUUCACAAACGCUACAUCCGACAUCGAUACCCCCGUCACCACUACUGUCCCGGGAUCCUCGCCUCUGGGAGCAUCGAGUACCCCAGACACAAUUGGUCCUCAGGAUGGCGUGGCGCCCUAA